GUGGGAUUUAGCAUAGAUGAAUAGUACUUCGCGGGCUAUGAAGAAUAACGACAAUGUAUCAGAGUCAGCGCCACGGGUAUCACAUUACAGAACUAAAGGACCAAAGGUCUACAGUCGAUUUAAGGCUCGCAGAACAGAAUAUGCGGAUAUAUCAGUUUUGCAGACGCUGAGCGAGGAGCAAUGGAACGCAGGGAGGUUUGGUCGUCAACGUCUUGAGCAGUUACUUGAGAACAGCCUGUACUCCGUUACCGUGAUCGAACAGACCAAGCGCUUUGAGCACAUCUGCGGUUACGCCGCCUUCAGCGACAUCCCCACCCGUGUUCUCUCGCAUAUCCCAAACUGGUCGGACAUCCUUCAGUCUUCUCUACCAACGAAAUAUUUCUCUAAUGGGAACACUAUCUUUCUCAGUGCAUUCCUUUCCGAGCCAUCCUCCUAUCCUAAGAUCUUGGAAGAAUCCCUCACGGUCCUCUUCCAUCUGCAGCCGGAGUUGGAUUACUGCUUAGUCGUCACGGAAGGCAGCGAACUCGACUGUGUUUACCAGAAAUGGUUUCCAGCAUGGAUUACAUAUACAGACGGAACGGCGGAGUUUUGUGUGGGCAUUUGUCGAAAGGAAUAUGUGUUUCCCCGAAUGGAGAUCCGAGAAGCGGGAUACGAUGACGUUCCUCAUGUUAUUGGAUGGUUCGGAAGGCUUCACGAGAAGGUGCGGAGGGAAGUUGGAGAGAUAUGGCUGGAGAAGAUUGUCAGGGCCAGUCCGCAGAGUAAGGAUACCAAGUGCUUUGUCGUUAAGGAUACGCAAGACACCAUCCGCGGCUUCAUCGGCUUAACAACUGCCAAUAUUGAUUGGGAUUAUCUGAACCAUUACUACGAAACUGAUAUCUUUCACCGGUUCAAAAAGAUCACCGACUUUGACCGAGUGGCCGCGAGGUACUCCAACUGUGACAUUGACCUUGGCGGCACCACUUCAGAUGAUCCUAUCUAUGGGCUACGGCAAUCGGCUCCUAGCUUUGCGGAAGGAGGAGCGCCAGUUCUACCGGAACAAGAAUCAACGGAGAUGUUUAUCACUGCUCUGGUUAAUCAACUGGAUACUGAAGCGAUAGAAAACGAGGAGCAGAGGCGGGGUACCAUUGAAACAGCUAAAGAAAUCGUAGCAGAGUUGGUGGAUGCGGCAAAUGCACCGGACAGACGCAGUACCGCGGCAGUCACUUUAGACGCUGUUGAAGAGAUCGAGACAGCAGCAAAAAUUAUGAUCCGCGAGAGUCGCACAAAUGUGGAGAAUGCGAAAGCGAUUGUAGAGGACAUCGUAGAUUCUUCAAGAGAUCAAGCUGAAGAGCCGAGAACAACGGUCGAGGCAGCCGCUUUGCUGCUUGAUUCCGUAAUCAACGAAAUCGACCUACCUGACGACGACACAGGACCGUAUGGACUACUCGAAUCUCCUGCAAAGGUUAUAGCAUCCGCAUCGUCAACUUUUGACCUUUUAUCAACCGCUCGCGCAAUCGUAAAUGAUAUGUUGGAAACAAUCGACCAUCCACGAGAAACGUUAACAGCACUGAAAUCUUCGUUGCUGGCUGUUCCCAAAGUGGUGAUCCCGGUGAUUGGUCCAUCAGCCAGUGACAUCGACUUGGCGGAUUACAGAGAAGAUUCAGUGGAUUAUUCACCCAGCUUCAACAUCGAUGAUUACGCGAAACGGUUAGUAGGGAGUUUGGUGAAAGUAGCCGAGUCGUCGCAUUCUCUCACGCCCGCUUUGACGGAUUCAGUCAAGAGUUUGAUUAACUUUCUGGAAGAACAAGGAGUCAAGAUGGCGGAACUGCGGGAUCACGUAAAUAGCGUGAUGGACGUGGCGGGUAUCGAUGAGGCCACGGUGCGGUCCGUGGAGAAUCUGAUCGCCGAUUUGGAGAGACUGGGAUCCGAUAUAGUGGAAGAGGUCACGGAGCCGCCCUUGUCUAAAAACACACUGACGACGUUGCAAAUCCUGAUACAAAAAUUGGAGGAGCAGGCGCAGGCUGAACUGGCGGCGGAAGAAAAGGAGUUCGAUCUGCGUCUGCGACCCAGAAGAUUCAAACUAUCGCAGGUUCCUUACGAAUUCUCCGUGGAAGCUGAGAACCUUCCCUUUGGCACUUUCGCCAUACAAAGCACCAACAUCGAAGAUCUCGUGCGACCGGCUCGCUUAUCCAUAGGUACAGAAGCUGCCGACCGUUUAGCCGCGUUAACCGGUGGCAUCCGGGAUAUCGUCACCGGAAUGAAUUUCAACGUUAAGAAGCCAACUGUACCUGUGUACGACAGCGAGCACAACGUCAUCCCGCCUACCAUCCAUCGGGAAAAGGAGAAUGCUCCCGUCCGCAAGAAGCCUGACCAGCCGCGUAUUCUGGACACGGCGGAUGAGCUACUAGAACGCGCGCUAAAGAAUCAGCACGGUAUUAAGGAUUACGCAUCGGAACCGAUGUUCAGCAGUGCCGAUGAUCUCGUCAGGGUGCCACAGCCGCACAUCGCCAGCAACCGUCAGGAGCCCGGAGUUCGGCAUCUUCAGCGGCGAUACAAUCAGUUUUACCGGAAUCCCGUGGUUGGACGGUCACAUGAAUUCAACUAUAUUGAAGCGCACGGCGGUCAGAACGCGAUGUUCCUCUUUCUGUUUUACCUGGAUCCUUUAUACACUACCCACACCGACGACAUUCUAAUGCACUGUUACCGCACAUUUCCCGGUUAUGAUUAUCUGCUAACUCUUACCACCACUACCGAACCCGACGGUCCGCUACACCAACUCCUCCGCGUCCCUUUCCGGGAGAACCGUUUUUUACGAGAAGACCUCUACAUCCACCACAUUGCUGGCCUCAUCCGCGCACACGACAUUGAAUUCUUCCCGGGCAGCACGCGCGAUCUGGAGGCCAUUCAAGCCUUUCUCGGUGGGAAAGCCGAUGGUGACCUUCUCUUCAACGCAUUCCGCGACGCCGUUUAUUACCGCACCAACCUGGAGACGUCACGAUUGCUGACAACAGUGUUCCGUGUGGACGGAUGUAUUAUUGGUUUCGCUGUGUAUUUUCUGGAAACUGACAUGGAGUAUCUGGUGGCGCAUUACGCAUUAGAGGAUCUCAUGUUCGUUCCUGUACAUAGUGACACCGGCUUCUGUCGCAUACUGCAUUUCAUUAUCAAUCCGCUGUUCAACCAUUUCAAUCGGUACAUUCUGAAGGAACUAAUGCGGAGUUCCGGGGCGACAUGUUUCUUCUAUAAAUUCUAUCCGGUAAAAUCGCAAGCGGAGCGGAAAGACACGCGUCCGUGCUGUCUAGAAGAGAUGCUGCUCGUGCGACCGCGGAAUGUGCUGAGGUUCUCUGAUAAGGCCGACUGGAAACUGCUCCCGCCGCAAUCAGCACGUGAACAACAGGAACCAUUCGCCUUAUACAUGGUUAAUCGGCGAUGGCUCUUCGAUCGCAAGAAAGUCAUUCCAUCCAGGAUUGCCGUAAUCGGCGCUUCGGAUAUGUCAUUGCAAGUGACACGUAACAUUAUCCUGAAUCCGCAUCUCCGCUUUGCAAAUCUGAUACUGGUUAGCUCGCAUGGUAUCCCGCUGAUCGAUCAGGAUGACGUGACCGUUAAGGCGUUUCCUUCCGCGAGGCAGUUGUUCACCCGGCGCGAACUAAAUCAACUGGCGAUACCGGCAAAUAUUCAAGUGAUUUUCGGCACCGCGAUUACGCUGGAUAAAAGCCGGAAGGUGCUGUAUGUCAAUGAUAAGCAGCGGAUUCCCGUGGACUAUUUAGUCAUCGGCACUGGUUUACAGUUUCUCGAUUUCGAUGUCAGUGUGGAUUCGCAGUGGCUGACUAAGCUGGCGGAGACCGUGUGUGCUGAGGCGUGCGCCGUUGCGAAGAUGCCGCCGCGAAGAUUCCAGUCGCCCUGUCAGACGCUGACGAAUUUCUUCGUGGUUAAUGACGCAUGGCAAGCGGACAGUGUUAUAUCACAGCUGGAGGCGAUAAGAAAGGAUUCACAAAGCGGGUACUACGUCAUAUACGGCAUGGCUCUAGAAUCCUAUGGAUGCGUGACAACACUCCUUCGAAUGGGCAUUCUUGCCGAAGAGAUUGUCUUCGUGGAUCCCGCGCCCGAUAUCCGCGAAGCCCGCACGGCUUUUAGCUCCCCCGAAUGUGAAACCUGGGUCAAAAACCUUAUGUAUAUCAACGGCAUCGUCGUAUGCAGCGGCUGGCACGUCGUGGCUUACAACGACGGCGACGGCGGUGAAACGAUCAAGACCGUGACCUUUUGGACAGACGAGCGGACCUUCAAGACAUACAAUGCGCGUGCCUUCUUCAACUUCACCGAGAAGGAUAUCGGUCCGUCAGCGUACACCUUCGUUAAUUCGUCGUAUUUGGUUAUGGAUGGGAAACUGGUGGUGGACGAAAGGUUUCAUGCAACUGAACAGUGGAUUUGGGCCGGUGGCGCCGGCUGCAAGUUUCCGCGGCGUUUGUAUGCACCGGACUUCCGGUUAGCAGAAGUGAAUGCCAGGGAGAUUGGUGACAUUAUUGCUAUGGACUUAAUAAAAACUAUUGCGCCAAGUCAACUCGGCGGCGCAACGGGGAAAGAUGCAGAUAGAGUGCCGGAGUUUAAGAAACCAGUUGUGGAAUGUACGGAACUGCCUUUUGGAUGGUAUUACUGCAAUAUCACUUCCCCGGCUAGAUUGAUACCAGGAGCGGGAUGCGGAGAACCAGACGCACGAUCCUUUAGAAGAAGCGAGAACCGCCGGGCGUUAUCGACAGGAAGCCUUUUGGACGGAAAUCUCUGUGAGAUCUAUCUAGACGAAUUGAACAAUGUGGGACAGAUCGUGUGCUUAUCUCAGUUACCGCUGGAUGUGCAACGAUUGGUGUUAGUGCACGGGAUGCAAGAACGCUGGCUCGAAAUGGUCAUUCGGUUCGAAGAUGGAUACAUAAAGGAUUUUUUCGAUUACCUCCAAGAGUUGUGGCUAUCAUGUGUGCUUUACGAUCGCUUUCCGAUUCUGAACGGGGAGUUACGCCGACUGCUGUUGGCCGAUCAGCACGAAGGAUCCAAUCAGUCCGUUGUGGAUAUGAUCCUGCAAUGUUUUCGCGACCAGGAGCCCGUUCACGCACAUGACAAUUACCGUCUUGAGGAUAUCAUUCGCAGAAUUCGCAUAACCGGAAUUAAAUUUGACUGUGUGCAAGCUAUUCACAAUUUUAUGGCGACUAAUUCUUCCGAUUUAACGAUGUAUGCGAAAAAGUAUUGAACUGAUUUGUUAAAAUUAGCUAUUAAGUUACUGCCUUUGUGCAAGCAGCCUACCUUCAAAUAAUAGAAAAAAACAAUGCAGCUGUUUCUUGACCUCUAGAAUAAACUUUUCGAUUGAAUAAGGUCUAUCGAUCGCGGUGCGUUGUGCGUUGCUCAUAAAACAAUAUGAUUCAGAUUUUAUCCGAAUACUGUAAAAAAAUUGUCUGUCUGCGGUUUGUGGAUUGCA